AUGCAACAAGAUACAUCGGAUCGAGGUUUUGCUGUACAUUAUUCUAAUGCUGCUGUAAAUGCACCGAUAACGUCAAAUACAAUGAAAGAUGGUUAUGAAAUCGAACUUCUGAACAUGAAGGCUGUUCUGGAAAACCUUGGGAAACAAUUAAGUACUCUCACAUCUACUGUGGACAAUCAUUCAUCGGAAAUUUACGGAGUGAAAACUUCUUUAAAUGCUGAAGCAGGAAAAAUCCGCGAUCGCCAGAUACCUACUCAAUAUACCAAGACACCGAAAAAGAAAAAAUGUUGUUAUGUUGUUCUAGCAGUGAUUGUAUCAUUUAUUGUGGGUGGAUCGUUAGCGACUGGAAUAAUUCUGUCCUGUCUUUCAACAGACAAAUCUUCCCGAGAGAAAACAAAUAUGGAUUAUUCACCAGUCAGUUUCAAGGAACUUAUAGAGGAACAAAGCAACAAAACAUAUCAGCUCAUUUUCGCCGAAUCAAACAAACUGGAAACUAUAAACAUUACGUAUAAAACGAUUUUCGAUUCUUUGUCAAAAACAAUAACAUCAAUUGGAAAGAAUGUAGACAAAUACGGUGAAAGUUUAGCAGCAGGGAGCUAUACUGCAAGCGACAAUACGUUAUUCUGGACAAAAUCAGGUAAUGGGAGUCAAAAGAUGAACUUUGAUGAAGCAACGAGCGCAUGCAACACUAGUGGCGCUACCAUAGCACAGAUUAGAAAAGUACGAGAGUACAACGCUAUCAUGAGGAUUCUGCGUUCUCAAAUUUAUGCGAAUGGCAAUGAUUAUCCUACAACGACUUGGAUCGACCUUGAUGUUAACCCGUUGACAGGUGAACCUAUUCCAAAACGUGCCUUCACUAAAUGGCAAGUUGAUGAACCACAAACAGGAGAACUUUACAAAAAUUUCACCAAAACAGCGCUCUCGGUUUCCCCAGAUCCGAGCGAUCCAGAACAAGGAAUGAAAAACUUUGACCCUGAUCAGCGUUUGCAUAAAGUAGUUUGUCAGAAAUGAAAUACUAAAACUGCCUCUGUACAUACACAACUAACGUACUAUAGGAGUUGAAAACAAACUUGGCAACUCUGACUGCACUUCUAACAAAACUCACAUCUUUGUGCGCAAUGGUCUCGACGGAUGAUACACUGCGAAAUUAUUACGAAGACGCUUGUCACCGCCACCUCAGCUCGUUGCGUCCCGUGUGGGAUAAUUACGGAACUUCUCAGUGCCAUAGGGUGGUUUACGUGACGUUGGUGACUUCUUCCUCCACAACAAACUCCACGAAUAAGCAACAAUACAUUGGUCAGCUAUUUCCAUAUCUGAACAGGUAGCCGGGAGUUGUUUCUAACUGCCACAAAAGUUUUCUUACUCACAAAGAGGAAAAUGGCAACGCAGAUAGUGUAAUGGUGAGAAGAGCUUUAACAGGACAGCGUGACAACGUAGAACAAGGAGGGUUCAGCAUUUCUACCACACAUAAUUUGGGUUGGGUGAACAAACUCGAUAAUCGAAUGGUCGUAUCAGUCUUUACAAAAAAC